AGAGACAAGACGUGAACUGGUAGUCAGUGGUCAUAACACGGUCAAGAUGCCCAGGACAUUCCUAGUCCGUCGAGCUGGAGACGAGAAUUACACACUAUAUGAAGACACUGAAAUUGAAGAAGUAUUGCAAGAAAACAACAAAGAAAACAUCGAUGACAUUUGUACAGAACAAAUGAAGACCAUGAUAGACACGAAGUUAGUAUCGCAGACAACUGAUAGUGCGCCUGACAUUGUUACAAAGACGUCUCGGAUUACAUCGAUAAAUUCCGGUACACCAGCCAAUGAAACGAAUUGUGCGUCACUCGGACAUUCUCGAAUUGUAGUCAGUGCGAAGGGUGAGGGCAGCUGUACCAAGAGUAUCCGAUAUGUAGAUAUGAACGAAGAGGAAUCUUCAUCCUCUUCAUUUUCUUCGUCCCAGCCUGACGAUAGUUUACUUUCCUCCGUGUCGGACACAUCGGAUGUAUGCCAAGACAUGGACUCGUGCACGAGUGCUGAUGAUUCUGUGCUCAAGUCACCGGAGCCUUCGUCCACUUCCGGUUCGAAUAAAUCCCAACAGAUAUUACCCCCUUUUGCCUCGCUUGCCCUCGGAGUGUGUCUCUCGAGUAUACAAGCCCAUCCUGAUUCUACCUCGAACAUGCAUUUACCCUCUAAAUCUGAUGAUGAAUAUGGUGUCAAACUUCCACAUACACCUUUAUGUUCAUCCGAAAUUGGAAUCAAUUGUUCGCCAAAGCAAAUGGCAUGCGCAUCUUCACACAAUCCCAAGGGUUCUCCUGUUAUUCCGUAUCUAAAUGUUUCGUCUGUGUCUCGAUCAUCGUCUAGUGAAGGUUUUGCCAGACAAUCUCUUGGACAAUCUCAACCGUUCUCAAGUUUCAACAAAAAAUUGUUAGCGAGACAGUCGCCCAGAUCUAUUAAACAUAACUCAUUCACGAACAGUACUUUGCAGCAGUCGAACCAACAGAGUCAUUCACCAAAGAAGCCGCUUAGGACAGCUAAUCACUUAUCACAUUCAAUCAACGCACUAGUCUCAUCUGAGAAAAAUAAAACUACACGAAAUACGUCACCAAGGAAACCACUUGGACAAGUUCAUCACAAUUCAGGUACAAACAUCGGACACGUGUCCUCUUUCCACGAAGUCGACUCAAAUCCUCCCAUGACGCUCCGUCUUCCUCUUGUGUUACCACAAGAAAAAGAGAAUGUUGAUUCAAGUCGAACUUCACAGGAAGUGACGCAAGUGAAACUUCCGGUAAAACUUCAAAUGAAGAAGGCUGAACAUCGUUGUCAAAUGUUGGCUAACAGUCUUUUGAACAAUGAUGAAUCUAAUGGCUCGCAUUCCGAAAAAGUGAAACAUUCAAAGGACCAUUCGCAAGAUAAACAAAAUACCGCCACAUCAAAGCCAAAAAUUUGGAAUCCCUUGCAUCACGUGUUUGAUGCAAAGAAAUUUAGUUCCCCUGUUGUUGUGCAAGAUAUGAUGAACUCUCCAAAGUUACCAUCACAUCCGGUUGUGUUCUCGCCGCAGACAAGGUGUACUGCUACACCGGAUAUUGUUACGAGAUGCACGAGUCCUGUGGAGGUCAGAGAAGCUCAAGCUCCAAAGACACCAAUACGCAUUGGUGAUCCAGUGUUCCCAGCCAUAAUUUCACCAUCAGUGACGAGUACUCCUUUACAACCACGACCCCUAACGCCCUCUAUAAUCGAGUCUGGUCGGACAUGUGGUCUUACACCACCCGUGUUGAACAGCUCACUAGCGCACCAAAGACAACAGUACCUAGUCCAAAAUUACCACCAAGUGUCUCCUGUUCCUCCACGAGAAUCUGUCGUGUCACCAGCACUUGCAGCAGUUUCCCAUUUACAUACUCCGAGACAACAUCCUCUGGCAUUAGAAAUGCGCCAAAGUCCGAUUCAAGAAGUGUUGAAAGACAAUUUUGACCCCUCAAAACAAUCAAAUAUGCACGUUUUUAAACCUAGAUACCCAGCACAGCAGCGAUGUACUGUGGCAGAAACAAAGACAAUAUUUUCAACUUCUCCAUUUACAUAUCAGAAGAUGGAUUCUCGGAAUGAAUACUCAACUCUGCCAGUGAAAAGACCACCGACACCGUUGUUUGGCACUGGGAAAAGAUUCAAGUCAGAACACAGCCUUCCCUAUAACUCCCUGCAACAACUAGCAUCUGUUUGCGUUGAUCAAGUAACAACAUGGGGAGAUAAAUCUAACAAUGAAGACUGCUCCAGUCAUGUCCAGAUCUACGCUGCCAAUGGAAACGUUCGCCAAGAGGGGACAGCAAAUGACUCAAACUCUCGAGAUAGCAAGACCGACGAAAAUGAGGAGCCGCAUUCAGAUUUCUCUGAUUCGUCUUUUUUGAAAAUGAUACAGAGGCGACAUGGUUUACAAAACAUCGAAUUUGUCAAUGGUGGAAACGGUAUCAAGAAUCCGUCGUUUAUAACUCCCAAACCUGCCGACAUCACUAACACCCAUCAAGAUAUACCGACAGUAUUAAAUGGCUCCUGUCGCUGCAAGGUUUGUGGGAAGGAGUUCAAGUUACAGAGACUACUGAACCGCCAUCUUAAAUGUCAUAGUGAUGUCAAAAGGUACCUUUGUACAUUCUGUGGAAAAGGCUUCAACGACACAUUUGAUCUGAAGCGACACACCAGGAUACACACAGGAGUGAAACCCUACAAGUGUAUACACUGCGAUAAGUCGUUCACUCAGCGCUGUUCCCUCGAGUCACAUUGUCGGAAAGUUCACAACACCGAGUACGAGUAUCAGUAUAAACAACGCCGAAACAAGAUGUACGUCUGUGAGGAAUGUGGCUUCUCCACGGACGAGGCGGAAACUUACUACCACCAUCUCCGACAAAAUCACCCCAACUGCCCAGUUCUCGCAAAACCACACGACAAACGACAUUUCAAAUUCCGGAACGAUCGUACGAACAUAGCAUCGCGUCCAAGAAGUGAAAGUGAACUUAAACCGGAAGUGAAAAGCGAAGGGAAGCUACAUAUUGAACGGUUUUUAAGUAUGAGAUAGUGUGAAGUCAUUAGUUUGGAUUAGAAACUGUGUAUGUGUUUUGUGAAGACAAUGAUCUAGAACUCGGGGCAUAUUUCAAAGAGACACUAUUUCUACUGGCAUUGUAACAUGCCUAAAUAGAAGUACUUACAUGAUUAAUUAUAUGCAGUGUUUCAGAAAUAAGAGUUACCGUUUCAGAAACAAGAGUUACCGUUUCAGAAACAAGUGUUACCUCUUCUGUUUGUCCUGCUUUACAUGUUGUCCAGUCAGUUUGAUUUGAAGCUUGCCAGAAAAACAAUAUAUAUAUAUUUGUCCAUAUAUUGUUGUAAACUCGGUUAAGUAUUAUGUAUUUUACGUUUUGUUAUUUACAUUUGGAGAAUUUAGUCAAUCAUUUUUGUUUGUUUGUCUUCGUGAAAAUGGUCCAACAUAGCAUAAGCUAAUGUACUGGUAUUCCCGGCUCAGGAGAAGAAAUAAUGAUCUUGUGCCAGGUCUUAACUGUCUCACUGCGUUUGAAAGCAUCAAACGGUUCAUGACUUCGGUUAUAUUUGUCGGAACCCAUUUUGUAUAAUUGUUAUGCAAGUGAUAACUAUUUUCAUAUCAGAUUUACAAAUCGUUUGUAAUAUGUGCAAUACAAUGUAUCUUUCUCUCAUACAAGUAAAUGGCGAAUCAAAUCGAUCUAGAUCAGUUUUGGAAUAGAUUGUUUCUUUCUUUUUUGUAUUUUUUUUAUUUAUUUUUCUGUUCCAGACUUCAUAAAGUUCGUUCUGGAGUUAAUAUGUCUCAAUUGAUUAUCUUAAUGUUUGGUGCUACAUGGAUUUGGUUUAUCUUGUUCAUGAAACGAACGUUUUUUUUCAUAAGCUUGAAUAAAAUUACUUUCAGUGCAAC